AUGUAAAAAAACGCAAGUUCAAGAUGCAAAAUAUUUUGGUGUUAUUAGAACAUUAUGAAAAAAAUAAUUGAGAUGUAAAUAAACUUUAUAUGUGACCCUGGAUCACAAAACCAUCCUUAAGUAGCACGGGAACAGUUUUAGUAAAAGACAAAAAUACAUUGUGUGGGUCAAAAUUAUCGAUUUUUCUUUUAUGCCAAAAAUCAUUAGGAUAUUAAGUAAAGAUCAUGUUCCAUGAAGAUAAUUUGUAAAUUUACCACCUUAAAUAUAUAAAAACUUUAUUUUUGUGAGUGGAUGGUCUGCCACAGUGCCCCUGAUUAACAACUUCAAAGGCAAUUUUCUCAAUAUUUUGAUUUUUUUGCGCUCUCAGAUUCCAGAGUUUAAACGGUUGUAUCUCAGCCAGAUAUUGUCCUAUUCUAACAACUCAUACAUCAAUAGAAUGUUUAUUUAUUCAGCUUUCAGAUUAUGUAAAAAUCUCAAUUUCGAAAAAUUGACCCAUAAGACUGGUUUUGUUUCCAGGGUCACAUAUGUUGUCUUUCUAUGUGUAUAUUUCUUUAAAGUAGUCAUUGCUGUUAGCCUUUCUAUAGAAAACGAUAGGGUGUGAAAGUUUUAAUGAGCUCUUAUUUACACAAACACACGCAGUGAAGCAUCUGCAGAUGUAACACAACUUUGUACCGUCUAUCUAAUUAGGUAUGAAAGGGAGAAACGGGAAUGUGUGAUGCUGAAUUAAUGUGUGAUGAAUGUGUGAGCUAUUGUGCGGUUGUUUAUUUUGUUUUCUUGCAAUUGAAACACGACUGAUGCGCAUCAGAUCCAUUUGCAAAGCGUUCAUCGAUCUAGAGCACGGUGCGGAGAAUCUGAACGGUCUCGAGUUGAAAUUCUCGGAUACAUCUUUUAUCUCCGUUUACGUGGGCAAGUGUGCGUUUUCACCCCAAUGUGAAUGAUAUUGUUAUCGUCCCCUCAUCCAGGCACGAGUCAUGCUUGUCUGUCGGACUAUUAAGUCCCGAAUUACCCGCGAUAAAAUUUGCUUGAGCUCUCAGCCAAAUAAUUUUUCUAGAAAGUAAAAGAAAGUUUAUUGCGCCUUCCAACCUCCAACGAACGAACGCGUUUUUAAAUGCAAAAUACAUUGUUGGGAAAAAUGUCUGGGUGAUAAAAAAAGAAUGUUGGUGCUCUGCAAAGAAUCGUCUCUUUUAUGGUCUUGCUCUCCUCUCCGAUCCCCCGAGCUCCUCCCCUCCGCGCGUGGAGAGCUUCAUUUGAUCAAAUCCUUCAACUUGGAGCGCUUCGCUGAAUCGCACUUUUUCCACAUCUGAACUCUGGGGCGAUUGCAACUUCUAUGAGGACUUCUUUCUAUCCAUACCUAGAGGUAAAGGGCUGACAGGCGGACUGCACACUGGUAUUAUCAGCGAUGGAGAGAGGAAGCAGAAACCACCGGGUUAAUGUCAGCGCUUUCUGCGCCCUGGUACUGUUGCUCGUUUGGGUUCCGGGGAUCAGAACGGCGAUAACUUGCAGGUCGUGUCAGCUGUUUGAUAAGUGGAGCGGUCGGGAAUUACUGGUGAGGAUGGACGGUAGCAUUUCGUCCUCAACAGGGUUUGUGGGUAAAGUUAUUGACAAUAAUGAAGACGGGUCAACGGCGCUGUCUAAUUCGGCUGGUGCUGAAACCGGGCAGCUGGCCACGCAUAGCGAUUGCGCUGCCGAUAGCGAGAAAUGCGAUCACUACGUGCGCAAAUGGAAUACCGACCUUCACUCAAAUAAGGCGGUUGGAGGCAAAAUGCCACCCGAUGGUAAACAGGGGUCCACGGACAGUCAUGGCAAAGUUUCAAACCCCGAACGAGCAGGUUUACAGGUCGUGCGCACAGGUUCGGUCCCUGUUGAUCUCAAGCGCAGAGUGCGCAGAGGCGCACGGGGAUCCGUCAUGUCAACCGACGCACCCCGAGCGCGGGUUUUUGGGAACGGCUCCGUGCGGGCUGCGCGCAGAGUCCCGCGCUCUGAGUUGAGGUGGAACAGGGAAGACAGGAGACCGGCCACAUCGCGGCAGGAGGAGCUGAAACUUACCAGCUCUACCUUCGCGUUGACGGGGGAUUCCGCACACAACCAAGCCAUGGUGCACUGGUCCGGUCAAAACAGCAGCGUGAUCCUAAUGCUGACCAAACUGUAUGACUUCAAUCUGGGCAGUGUGACCGAGAGCUCCUUAUGGAGGUCAACAGACUACGGUACCACUUACGAGAAGCUCAACGAGAAGGUGGGCGUGAAAACCAUCCUCAGCUAUCUGUACGUCAGCCCCAACAACAAGCGCAAGAUCAUGUUGCUGACAGACCCGGAGGUGGAAAGCAGUUUGCUCAUCAGCUCGGACGAAGGCGCCACCUAUCAAAAAUAUCGUCUCAACUUCUACAUCCUCAGCCUGCUGUUUCAUCCCGAGCAGGAGGACUGGAUCCUUGCCUACAGCCAUGACCAGAAGCUCUACAGUUCGGUCGAGUUCGGCCGUCGAUGGCAGCUCGUUCACGAGCGGGUGGCGCCCAAUCGAUUUUACUGGUCUAAACUGGGCCUUGAUAAAGAGCCGGGCCUGAUCCACCUGGAGACCAGUAUCUCAGAAACCCAGGCUCUUUAUGUCACGUGCAAACUUCAGAACUGCACAGAUGCUAACAAGGGCAAACCGUUUCCAGGAUACAUUGACCCUAACUCGCUCGUGGUCCAAGAUGAGUAUGUGUUUGUCCAGGUGUCAACCGGUGGUCGUCCAAUAUACUACGUGUCAUCCAGACGGGACGUGUUUACGCCUAUGAAGCUUCCCAAAUACACCCUUCCGAAGGGUCUGCAUGUGAUCAGCACGGAUGAGAAUCGUGUCGUGGCGGCAGUUCAGGAGUGGAACCAGAAUGACACUUUUAACCUUUACGUGUCGGAGUCUGGAGGCGUCUACUACGCGCUGGCUUUGGAGAACGUCAUGAGUAGCAUGGGUCCUGAGGGAAAUGUCAUGAUAGAUCUAUAUGAGGUGGCAGGGAUUAAAGGAAUGUUCCUGGCCAAUAAGAAGCUAAAUAAUGAGGUGAAAACGUAUAUAACGUAUAACAGAGGCAGAGACUGGAGGCUUCUACAGGCCCCGUCAGCUGAUCUCAGAGGAAACAGCGUUCACUGCAUACUGCCGUACUGCUCCCUGCAUCUUCACCUGCACGUGUCAUCGAACCCAUACACGUCCGGGAAUAUAGCCAGCAGAGAGUCGGCACCUGGAAUCAUAGUGGCGUCAGGUUCAAUAGGUGCAGAGUUAUCGAGCAGCAACGUUAGCAUGUUCAUCACAUCUGACGCUGGAAACACGUGGCGACAGAUAUUUGAUGAAGAGUACAGUGUGCUUUAUCUAGACCAGGGCGGGGCUUUGGUGGCUAUUAGACACACCCCUCUUCCCAUCAGGCACCUCUGGUUGAGUUUUGAUGAGGGAAGGGUCUGGAACAAAUACAGUUUCACCUCAUCACCCCUAUUUGUGGAUGGAGUGUUGGGGGAACCAGGCGAAGAGACUCUUAUUAUGACGAUCUUCGGGCACGUCAGCCAUCGCUCCGAAUGGCAGCUGGUAAAGAUAGACUUCAGGUCUAUCUUCAACAGAAGAUGCGUCGAAUCUGACUAUGUGCCAUGGAAUUUACACGACCAGCGUGAACACUGCCUCAUGGGAGUGAAGAGGGUCUAUCGAAAUUUGAAGGCCGUUGCGAGGUGCGUUAUGGGUAAAAAUUACUCCGUCACCAUGAUUUCCGAGCCCUGUGACUGCAACGAAUCCGACUUUGAGUGCGAUUAUGGUUUCGAGAGAAGAUCUGACGGUAAAUGUACUCCAGCAUUCUGGUUCCUCCCCUCCUCUAUGUCUCGAAGCUGCACCACCGAACACACGUUCCUCAACAGCACCGGGUAUAGAAAGGUGGUGUCCAAUAACUGUACAGGCGGCGUGAUGGAGCAGUACACAGCCCGUAGGCAAGUGUGCCCCAGCCAGGCCCCGCGCGGCCUUCAUCUAGUGACCAGUGAAGGGAAGCUAACCGCUAAUCAUGCUAGCAAUGUCACCUUUCUCGUCUUCUUGGAGGAGGGCGAUGGAUCACGAACCAGCAUCACUGUGGAUUUCGGAGACGGAAACGCCUUCACUUACUCCAACGUGAGCUCGAUCGAAGACGGGAUUAAACACAUCUACAAGAACGUGGGAAUCUACCGCGUGUCAGCAACAGCUGAGAACAGUCUGGGCUCUGAAACCGUUCUUCUUUUCCUGCACGUUACGUGUCAGCUGGAGUCCAUUCACCUCUCCGCCCCGUUUGUGUCUGUGAAGAAUAAAGAAGUCAAUCUGACGGUGGUUCUCUGGCCAAGUCAAGUGGGAACGGUCACCUAUAUCUGGUGGUUUGGGAAUAACUCUGAGCCCGUGAUCACGCUGGAGGGGAGCGUGGCAUUCACGUUCUCCCGGGAGGGAAUCAACGUUGUCACCGUACAGGUGUCUGCUGGGAACAACAUCCUGCAAGACAGGAAAACCAUCGCUGUCCACGAAUACUUCAGAUCCCACCUUCUCGCUUUUUCAUCCAAUCUUGACGAUCACAACCCUGACGUGGCUGAAUGGAGACUUGAUGUUAGUCGAGUCAUUAAAGUCUCUAUGGUGCAGGCGACAGGUGUGAGUCCAGAACAGCUGUUGGUUACUGUUCUGCCCGGACUGCCAACAGCGUCUGAGUUCUUCCUGUUACCAGACAAACAGCUGACAGAGGGAAAGCCAGACAAAACAUCUACACAUUUAGACCAGCUCUCAGAACUGGUGCUCAGUGCUCUGAAUCAGAAUCUGGUUCAGUUCACACUCAGACCAGGAGUCCAGAUCACAGUAUUCGCUGCACAUUUAUCAGCAGCGCCUCUAGUGGACACAAGUGAGAAUCACAGUGGCUCAGCUAUGCUCAUGCUCCUCUCUGUGGUCGUGGUGGGUUUAGCUGUGUUCCUCAUCUAUAAAUUCAAAAGGAAGAUCCCAGGCCUCCACGUCUAUGCAGCGAUGCAGGAUGAAAAAGAACAAGAAAUGAUCCAGAGUCCAGUGAGCCCCACUGACAGCACACCCAGCUGCAGUUCACAGAAAGAGCUGCUCACAACACUGGAGCCACUGGACCCAGAGCCCAACACCCAGGCCAUCGAAUGCAUCAAACCUCAUCCACGUGUCAAAUUCUCAUCAGAUCUUCCCACAUACAUGGACGUUUGAAGCGCGGACUCAUAUUUGAGGACUUUGAUCGUGCGGACACAAAGGUUUCAAGCUUUAUUUAGUACUUGUGCAUGUUGGACAUUACGUUUACUGUGCUCUGUGAAUACUAGAACAAACUUUGUACAGCUUUUUUAUACGUACGUGUAUUCAAUACGAGAACAUUUUUGAUGCUGUUCGUUUCUAAAGAGCACCUGUACAGAGUUUGUGGGAACGACCGGUAUGCGCUCGAUGAAAAGGGCAAGGGAGAGAGAAUUAUUCUUGGUUUCUUGUAAGUGUCUUUUACUUUUUUUGCUAAUGGCGGCGGUAUAGUUUUCAAAAGUGCAACAUGAAUAUGUGACAUAUCUGAUGUGUUUUACAAACAAACUGCAAAUGUGUUAAUGAUUACAGUAAAAUAAAACUUUUUGUGAAGAUAUAUUUAGCACAUCUGAACUUUACUGUAACUAAUGUAACUUAUGUUGGUUUUAUCACGAAAAUGAAGUUUUAUGACGUUAUCCAUGACACGCGUUCAUUUUUGUUUGUUUUGCUUCAUUGCGAUUUUUACUUUAUUCCUUAGUUAAAUUAAUUUCUAACGCAUAGCUAUUCCGAUAACUUGAGAUUUGACUGUUUUCAGAUAUCAUGGCGCGGCAAAUAGCCGUAUUUUAAACGCCAUAAUAUACAUUCAUUUUGUUAAAUAAUCCCCAGACGGUUACAUGAUUUAUCAUUUAGCAAAUAUACAGUAUACACUGCAUGAUUUUUUAAUACUUUUAUAUUCACUGUCAUAUCUCACGUGAAUUGUACAGUCUGACGGAAAUGAAUGUAUGAUUCUGUAAGUACAUGUUUUAAAACGUCUAACUUUCUAGCAAACAACUGACACACAACGAAGCUGUGGUACUUUAAUAAAGUACUGGGAUGAAUGAACUGGGACUCACUCAGUAUCGUGAUAGCACCGAAAUGAUUAUACAACACAUGCUUUAUGACAUCAUCCAUUAUGACAUCUCAGAUCCAAUACAGAUGUUCAACUUAUUUUAUACUGUCUUCAUUUGAUUUUCUAGGUAAUAAUACGGCUAAAUCAUAUUGUCAAAUGAGUGUAAAUCACGUUUAUUGCUAAAUUGUUAGGAUAUUGACGACCGCAUGUAUAAAAUAGAAAUUUGCAAUCAUAUUUCAUCUUUUUUAAGAUGGAAAAUCUCACAGAGGUAGAGAAGAAUUUUGAUGAAUUGCUCACUAUGGGCAUGACACAAUCACAAUACAGAUUAUAUUUUGAUAAAUCAUGAGGUUAUAAAUUAAAACUGUCAAUCAAUUGAGAGCAGGGGAUUGUGGGUAACGUGCGAGGAUAUAACGGGAACAAUAGCAAUAUCAUUACAGACUAGACAUGUCCACAUAAGAUAAAAAUGAUGUAAAACUUAAUCAAGGUCCACAUAUGACAGAACACAUUACUUUAAGCUCUAGAAAAUGUUAUCAAAUUGAGUUUGACUUUCAGAUUAAGGGAAGAGAAACUUUGCAUAAACAGCUGGUUAAAAAAACACUUUAUGAGAUUUGAAUGGACAAACUGUGGCAGCCCGGAAUUCAAAGUCCAGCGCUGACACUUCUCUCUUAAGAGUAAGGAAGAUUAUUUUUGUAGAAGACAAGAGUUUUAUUACUGUAAAGAUUUUAUAUAUAUAUAUAUAAAUAUAACUAUAUAUACAAUUUUAGGUGUGUAUGUUUGAUGUUUUGUUUCUCUCUUUUUUGACAUUUCUUUGAGCUCUGUGCUACGUGCAAUUGUUUCUGUUGGUGAAAUUGUAUUUAUUAAAUGAACUAAGUCCCUGUUAUUGUGUUUUGAGUUUCUUACAGUAUUUGUAAAAAAACUGUAAUUUGCAAAGUAACCGAUCAAGUGAUUAAGAAAAAUAAAGUAU